CUCUAAUUUGGAAACAAUUGUCCUCGAAAUAUCGUAAAAAAGGCUUUAGCUUUCUCUCUCAUUCUCUCUUAUCAGAUCCGGUUAGAGUUUCUCCACGGCUCUAACCCUAGCUCCAAUCAACACACUCGCGUUUUCGAUUAUUGUUACUUUCAAUCAUCAUCAAUUUCAACAGUCAUGGCUGGAGCUGCUCCUGAAGGUUCUCAGUUUGAUGCUCGUCAGUAUGACGAAAAAAUGACCGUAUUGCUUAAUGAGGAAGGUGGAACUGAAUUUUUCACCUCUUACGAUGAGGUUCACGAUAGCUUUGAUAAGAUGGGUUUGAAGGAGAACCUUCUCAGAGGAAUCUAUGCUUAUGGUUUUGAAAAACCUUCUGCUAUUCAACAAAGGGGAAUUGUCCCCUUCUGCAAGGGUCUUGAUGUGAUCCAGCAAGCCCAAUCUGGUACUGGUAAGACCGCCACUUUCUGCUCUGGGAUCCUGCAGCAGCUGGAUUAUGAAUUGUUGGAAUGCCAGGCCCUUGUCCUUGCUCCUACUAGGGAGCUUGCUCAACAAAUUGAGAAAGUUAUGAGGGCCCUUGGUGAUUAUUUGGGCGUUAAGGUCCAUGCAUGUGUUGGUGGGACAAGUGUCCGUGAAGAUCAGAGAAUUCUCGCUGCUGGAGUACAUGUGGUGGUUGGUACCCCUGGUCGUGUUUUUGACAUGUUGCGUAGACAAUCACUUCGUGCCAAUAACAUCAAGAUGUUUGUUCUGGAUGAGGCUGAUGAAAUGCUUUCUCGAGGUUUCAAGGACCAGAUCUAUGACAUUUUCCAGCAACUACCCCCUAAGAUCCAGGUGGGUGUAUUUUCUGCUACUAUGCCCCCUGAGGCCCUUGAGAUUACCAGGAAGUUCAUGAACAAACCCGUCAGGAUUCUCGUUAAGCGUGAUGAGCUGACUCUCGAGGGUAUCAAGCAGUUCUAUGUCAACGUCGACAAGGAAGAAUGGAAGCUCGACACUCUUUGUGAUCUGUACGAAACCUUGGCAAUCACACAAAGUGUAAUCUUUGUGAACACGAGGAGGAAGGUCGACUGGUUGACUGACCAAAUGAGAAGUCGUGAUCACACCGUUUCAGCCACUCACGGAGACAUGGACCAGAACACUAGGGACAUCAUUAUGCGGGAAUUCCGUUCUGGUUCAUCCCGUGUCCUCAUUACCACUGAUCUUCUUGCUCGUGGUAUCGAUGUGCAGCAAGUCUCUCUGGUGAUCAAUUAUGAUUUGCCAACUCAACCCGAGAACUAUCUCCACAGGAUAGGAAGAAGUGGGCGUUUCGGGAGAAAGGGUGUUUCUAUCAACUUUGUCACCGGUGCUGAUGAUAGGAUGCUGUUCGAUAUCCAGAAAUUCUACAACGUGGUGAUUGAAGAGCUCCCUGCUAAUGUUGCGGAUCUCAUCUGAUGACUCGACUCCAUGGUUGUUGUUGCUGGUGUUUUUGCUUUGAGGUAAGAUGUUUUGUCUGUCCAGAUUUGGGCAAGUCACUGUUUGUUGUCUUUUCAUUUUUACUCUCUAUUCUGGGAACAUCACUAAAUUGUGUUGUGGGAUGCCCCAGGUUAAAAUUUUGGUAGGAGUUUAGAGACGAAUUUAAAUUAUACUCUUUAAUCGUAAUUUCUGAAGGAUCGUGUCACCUGUUGGCAUAUUUGCUGAUUAUUCUGGCAUGAUUUUAGUUUUGCUUGUAA